AUGCUGCUCCCCAUCCUCAUCCUCGUCGGCCUGCUCUGCCACCAAUCAUGCCAGAGACCACCCCCUUACACCCCCGCGCCCCAAUCCAGCCACCUCUUCAACAUCACCCAACCUUCCUCGUACCUCCAAUCCAAACUUCCGAGCUACCAAAUCAAAGCCAGGUUCGACUUCCAAUCGGUCAACCUGGCCUUGAACCAAGAAUGGAUCGAGCUCGAUUUGUUCCGAUACGGCCUGGCCAAGUUCUCGGCCAAGGAGUUCGAGCAGGCCGGCUUGAACGCCGAGGACCGGUACUUGAUCCAGUUCAUGGCUGACCAGGAAGUCUCCCAUGCGACGGUCUUGUCCAACAUGCUCGGCCCCCGAGCCGCCAAACCGUGCCAGUAUAAAUACCCUUUCAAGACGGUCAAGGAGUUCCUUGAUUUCUGUCAAAAAUUGACAAGGUGGGGAGAAUCCGGGGUCUAUGGAUUCUUGUCUUUCUUGCAAAACCCGAACUCGGCCCAGAUCUUAUUGCAGUCGAUCGUGACCGAGGCGCGACAACAGAUGAUCUUUAGACAGUUUGAAGGCCUCUUCCCCAUGCCAAUCUACCACGUGGCUGGCAUCCCGCAGAGCUGGGCAUGGACGCUACUCCACCCGUAUCUAGUCAGCUGUCCACGGACGAACCCGUACAUCGAGUUCGACAUAUUUCCCCGCCUCGAGAUCCUCAACAACCCAGACCCCUUCCAGAUCGACCCCCGCCCGCCGGCAAUCACCCAUAACCGCACAUCCCUCUCCCUCCCCGGCCGCCAGGUCAGGUUCAGAUUCGAGAAGCCCGGUAAGGUCGUCGGUCCCAACGGCGAUUACAAGACCCUCACUCACUCUAAAUCGGCUCGCCCUAAGUUUGCAGCUUGGACUUCUCAAUACAAUGUGACGUAUUCAAAGCUGGAGCAGGUAGAUGAGGACUCCGCGACGACCGUGCAGCCUUACGGCGUGCUUUUCCCCGGCCAGGUAGACUACCCGGUGAUCAACGGCACCGUCUUCGUCCUCCUCACCGAUACUGAUCUGCACGUCACGCCGUCGAAUAUCACCGCGCUCAAUAAACAUAUCGUUGCUGGGCCGGCGAUGUAUCAGGUUGAUUAG